UUCUUUUCUCCAAUCUUCAAAAAGAAAAAAAAAAUAGAAGCCACCAAAAUUGAAAAAAAAAAAUUACCAUUCAGGCAUUCACGCCAGGUUCCGAGAUAUACAAUUCAAAAAACGAUUCCGAUUCACCGAGUUAGGUUAUUUUUCUUUUUCAUUUUCAAUUUUCUCGUUUCCAAUUUCUUUUCUGUUAUUUCAUAGAAGAAAUUAGAAGUUAUUGGAAAAGGAAAAUGGGCAAUUGCUUUUGCGUUUCUUUGGAUUCGCAACAGAUGGAGGUGGAGGUGGAGGUUGAGACGGCAAAGCUGAUCGUACACGACGGAAGGUUUCAGGAAUUCUCUUACACCGUUAAGGUCUCGUAUCUGUUGCAAUUGUAUCAAGGUUGUUUCGUUUGCAACUCCGACGAUAUGGAAUUUGACGGCGUCAUCAGGGCCGUUAGAGAAACCGAGGUUUUAAAACUCGGCCAGCUAUAUUUCGUGCUUCCGUUGAACCGGUUGAACCGGAUAUUGAAGCCGGAGGAGAUGGCUGCAUUGGCGGUAAUGGCUGCCUCGGCAAUCGCAAAGAGUGGGUUUGGCCAUCGCCCGAAACAGGUUGUAUUCUUCGCCGGCGAUGAAAACGGAAAGAAUUGCCGGAAAGUUGCGCCGGAUGUUGCGGAUUUUGGUGGUACUGGUGGUGGUCAGCCGUUGAAGAUGGUAAGGAGAGGAAAAGGUGGCGGUGGUGGUGACCGUCACAGCGACGGUAAUAAGGGGAGGAAGUUUGAGACGGCGUUGAGUGUCAUACCGGAGUAGGGUAGUAAAAAUUUAAAAGUAGUCGCUAUAGAUUUUUUUUAAUUAUUUUAUUUUUUUUUGUGAAUAGUUUAGCGAAUAUGUACUAUAUUAUUAAUUUAUUAUUAUUACUGCAUCUUAUGUGGUGUCGAGUUGUUUCAUUAUCAUGAAUGAUAAUGAACUAAUGAUUAAUAGAAGCCAAUGGAGAAGCCAAUGGAUUAGUGAA